AUGAUGUUGUGUUGUUGUUCCUUUGAUUCAGGGUCGCAUCUCUCUCUUUCUCUCUCCCUCUAACGAUUCGACAACAUGGACUGCACGCACAGAACUCUCCGCUUCUCUCUCUCUUCAUCAAUAUUCAAGGCUCUCAAGACCACCCUUCAAUUUUGGACCCCUUUGCUACUCACUUUCCAUUUUCUACAUCUUUCUCUCGACCUUCUCUUCUCCUACAUAUUUUUCUCUUCUUCUUUUUACCUCUUCAAUCUUCUUUCUUCUAUUAAUAUCUUUUGGGUGACCGAAAGCUUGCGUUUUUCUUUCUGCAUUGUUUUUCCUUCAGGAGAAAAUGUCUCAAAUGGUGUGACUUUAAGUGCAGCAUGUCGCUCAAUGUCGGGAGUGGAGCUUGAUUUGUUAAUUGAUAUUAAGGAAUAAGAUCUCAUUCUACACUCUAAAAGAAAGGGGUUCUGCAAAUGCUAAAUUUUGGCAGGUCCAGAAAUCAGCCAAGGACAGUCAGAGCUACAACAAUGGGAGGUUUGGAUUAUCCAGAUCCAAAAAGGAAGGGCAAUUUUGUUGGGAAAGUAUUUCUUGCUGCUGUGUUAACAACACUAUGUAUUAUCAUGAUCAAGCGAACUCCAUCUUUGAAUUCCUCUAGUCCGUUUGCCAUCCAUGAACCGGGUGUCACUCAUGUUUUAGUAACAGGAGGUGCAGGAUUUAUUGGUUCACAUGCUACUCUAAGACUUUUGAGGGAUAAUCAUCGUGUCACCAUAGUAGACAAUCUUUCACGUGGAAAUUUGGGAGCAGUUAAGGUUCUUCAAGGAUUAUUUCCGGAACCUGGAAGACUUCAAUUUAUUUAUGCUGACUUGGGAGAUAAAAAAUCUGUUGAAAAAAUAUUUUUGGAGAACAAAUUUGAUGCUGUCAUGCACUUUGCUGCUGUUGCAUACGUGGGAGAAAGCACAAUGGAUCCUCUUAAGUAUUAUCACAAUAUUACAUCAAACACGUUGUUGGUAUUGGAGGCUAUGGCCAAACAUGACGUGAAGACAUUGAUAUAUUCUAGUACAUGUGCAACAUACGGGGAACCUGAAAAGAUGCCCAUUACAGAGGAAACGCAGCAGGUCCCAAUAAAUCCAUAUGGAAAAGCCAAGAAGAUGGCUGAAGAUAUCAUCCUUGAUUUCUCUAAAACCUCAGACAUGGCAAUAAUGAUACUGAGAUAUUUCAACGUGAUUUGAUCAGACCCUAAUGGAAAUUUGGGUGAGGCUCCUAGGCCUGAGCUGCGAGAGCAAGGUCGAAUAUCAGGGGCUUGCUUUGAUGCUGCUCGUGGUAUUAUACCUGGUUUGAAGGUAAGAGGAACAGACUAUAAGACGGCUGAUGGAACUUGCAUACGAGAUUAUAUCGAUGUAACUGACCUGGUCGAUGCUCAUGUGAAAGCUCUAGAAAAGGCGCAACCUGCUAAAGUUGGGAUCUACAAUGUUGGCACUGGAAAGGGUAGUUCAGUGAAGCAGUUUGUGGAAGCUUGUAAAAAGGCGACAGGGGUGGACAUUAAAGUGGAAUUUCUUCCUCGUCGUCCUGGUGAUUAUGCUGAGGUAUACAGUGACCCAAGAAAGAUCAAACGUGAACUGGAUUGGAGUGCUAAGUACACUGAUCUUCAACAGAGUUUGAGGAUUGCAUGGAGAUGGCAGAAAUCUCAUCGUGAUGGUUAUGGGGUUUCAAAUGAAUUGCGUUGAAUUACUUGAAAUUCUAGCAAUGAAACCCCUGCUGCACUUCUAUUUAUCUAUUUAUAUAUUAGAAAAUUUGUUCUUAGGGAAAGUUCAUUCGUUACAUGUAUUCACCUUAUUAUAUGAUUCAAUAAUAUAAUGCUGAGCCUCUAUUAUAGCUUUCUUCAA